AUGUUUCUUACACUUUCACGAAAAAAUAUGUCCCAGAAACUGAGUAUGUUUUUGCUAGUUUUUGGAAUCAUUUGGGGUUUGAUGUUGCUGCGCUACACCUUCCAGUAUCCAAGACGCCAAAGCAGUGCUGAGUUGCGUGGACAGAUACUAGAUCUAAGUAAAAGAUACGUCAAAGCACUGGCAGAAGAAAAUAAAAAUUUAAUGAAUGGUGGCGGUGGAGCCUCCAUGGCAGGAUAUGCUGAUCUGAAGAGAACAAUUGCUGUUCUUCUGGAUGACAUCUUACAGCGCCUUGUGAAACUGGAAAACAAAGUUGAUUACAUCGUUGUGAACGGCUCGGCAACAAAUACCACUAAUGGAACUAGCAAUCAGGUGUCAGUAACCUCAAAUAAACGUGUAAAACCAGCAAGCAACAUUAGAUAG